UUAUUAUAUUAUUCAAAAUAUUGGGGUGAAAGUGAAAAUAUUCGUUCCCCUUCGUUUCAGUCUCGCAGGUCUUGCUUCAGUCUGCUGAUGUGAACACUGACGACUACAUCGGUAAAAAUCCCCUCUUUCGCCAUCCAAUAUUUCGUGUAAAAAGGUUUACGGGUGUUUCUCGUUUUCGAGCAGAUAGAAUGGAAUUACGCUUAUACUCGUGAUUUUGAGAAACUUUUUGCUAUUUGUUCGUAUGAUCUCCUGAGCCAAAAAAAAAAGCUUGUAUAUUCCACCCGAUCCUAAUUGUCGAUAACUAGGUGUUUUUCAGUUGAUCCAAGACUACCUUUAGCUAAAGAAACCGACUUUAUUUUUUCAAACAUGGAGCCCUUAUGGAAGCUCGUUUAUCUGCUCGAACCAUCUUCCGUCACCCUCAUUUUCACAGCUGUAGCAGUGUCGUACGCAUCUGCUACGAGAGCUUUAAAUUACGGAAAGGAAAUGGAGAGGAACCACGACCUAUCAGAAGCUUCCAUUACCUUAGAUAGAUCUCAAGCCCUAAUGAUUCCGAUAAUGAGUUCAUUCAGCUUACUCUUCAUGUUCUAUUUAUUUUCCUCCGUAUCUCAAAUCCUAACUGCUUUCACCGCAGUUGCCUCAGCAUCAGCCUUAUACUUUUGCUUCUCUCCAUACAUCGCCCAAAUCAAAUCGCAGUUCGGUUUGACCGACCCGUACAUAUCUCGGUGCUGUUCGAAGCCAUUCACACGGAUCCAAAGUCUUCUGUUGUUUCUUUGCGUUUCUUUAGUCUUAUCGUGGCUUGUAUCCGGGCAUUGGAUAUUGAACAACUUGUUGGGUAUCUCUCUUUGCAUUGCCUUUGUCAGCCAUGUGAGGCUUCCGAAUAUCAAGAUUUGCGCGAUGCUCCUCGCAUGCCUGUUUGUGUAUGACGUGUUUUGGGUCUUUUUCUCGGAGAGGUUUUUCGGGGCGAACGUUAUGGUUUCGGUUGCUACGCAGCAAGCGUCUAAUCCUGUGCAUACGGUGGCUAAUAGCUUGAGUCUACCUGGAUUGGAGAUGAUAACGAAGAAACUUGAGUUGCCUGUCAAGAUUGUUUUUCCGAGGAAUAUGUUGGGCGGUGCAGUGCCUGGAAAUAGUGUUUCUGAUUACAUGAUGCUUGGCCUUGGAGAUAUGGCUAUUCCUUCGAUGCUUUUAGCAUUGGUUCUCUGUUUCGAUAAUCGAAAAGUCCGGGAUUCCACAACUCCAUCGGAUGUUCUACAAUCUUCAAAAGGGUUCAAAUACUUUUGGCACGCCCUCUCUGGAUACGCUAUCGGUCUCUUCAUUGCCUUGGCAGCUGGCAUUUUGACGCGUUCACCUCAGCCAGCACUUCUUUAUCUGGUACCGUGUACAUUGGGGCCGAUAGUAGUGCUGUCUUGGAUGAAGAACGAUCUGGCUGAGUUGUGGGAAGGAAAUACGGUGAUUCAAAACGAGAAAGCCCAUCUGACCGGAGUAUAAGAAUUUACUGGGCGUAAUAUCUGAACAAAACUUAAUUAUCAAAAAUUAGGCCAUUUAUUAUGUUGGCAGCACUGGAUUAUGCAAGAACGUUUAUUUUUCUUGUACCUAAUCUAUAUAUUUUUAUUCUAUAAAAAAGGCUAGCUAUAUUUUGUUUGA